AUGUCAUCAAAAUCGGCCAUGAGCGAACCCGAAAACCAUCACAAGGCGCCAAACCACAGCCGGCCUCUACUAUACAUCCCCAAUACAUUAUGGACACGACUGUUUGCAGUAACAGUGGUCACCGAGACAGUCCUCACAGUUGCAAUUGAAAGCUGGAUUCUUGUGAGCCUGUGGAACCACCUCGAGGACAACGACAAAGCCGGCGGACCAAUGCGCCUUCAGUCGUUCCUGGGCCUUUACAUUUUCGCCCUUCUAUACGAGCUUGCGCUUUCAUAUGAUGCACUGCGCCGAAAGAACAUAAUCCAGCUGGUCGGACUCUGUAUCUGCAAUCUGGGCCUGUUGACCUACGGCUUCAUCCAGAUGCAGGAGAUCAAGGUCACCAUCUCCAGUUUGGUAACUGAUAAGAUCCUCAGCAACCAUCUUCAGGACCUGUAUCGCGUCGAGCUUAUUCUUGUGCCGGUGAUUCUAGGUAUCGGAACUGUGUGCAUGGCCUUUUUCACAUGGAAGUUGCGCGCGGAAUUCUCCUGGUCGAUAUACAAAAAUAUCAGUGCGGAUUUGCAAAUGAAGCGCCGGUAUUUUACAUAUCAGGUGUUUAUCGCCCUCCUAAAGUUCGACUUCUUCUUCGUAUUCGGAAGUCAACUCCAAAUCCUCCUUGUCGUCCUCAGAACUGAAGAUGCCGAUUUUAUCCUCAAUGCCGCUUUGAUUCCAAUCACAAUUGCGACCUUGAUACUGUCAGCUCAAUUUUGCAAACGGGAGAAACCCAAAUUCCUCAUACUCAUGAUGAUAGUUAUGCUUAUUAUAAUUGGAUGUUUUGUCUUCACACUCUUUCGAAUGUACAGCCCCACAGAUAGCACUGAUUUCAGCUCUGUCCGUGUCUCCCUGACAUUAUUUGCGGCUGUGUCGCUCUCUUUUUGA